UUGCAAUUGUGGUGGUUGCGAUCGCGUCACGUCAAGGAUCUGCCUGUCACUUUUUAUUUGGGUGAUUCCGUUUGCACUGCACCUCGACACCCCACACUGUUCAGUGCGCGCAUACUCUACGGUUACACAGAGGGACCGACACAGUUCGAGUGAAUAUGGUUCGCGUCAAGAAUCGCUACCUGGUAGUCAACUUCCUAUACCCAGAGCCUCCCGCCAAGAGCAAGACGCAACUCCCAGAUGUCAUCCAGAUCCACUCGCCAACGCCUGAUGCUCUGAAGCAGGGCGUAAUCGUACGCAUGAUACGAGAUGGCGUCGAAGACCUUUUCGGCGACUACGGAUCGGGUAUGGUGUCUUCAGGAUUGAAAGUAAACUACUACUCCCCCUCGACCAGCACGGCCAUAAUACGAUGUCCACGAGACCACUACGAAAUGGUCUGGGCAGCCCUCACACACAUCACCCACCUUCCCAAACCCCUCGAUACACCUGUCGUAAUAAGAGUUGUAAGAGUUAGCGGCACAAUCAAGAAGGCGGAAGAGGAGGUUAUCCGGCAGUCACAGCAUAUCAUCAAGAGAGCAAGAGCUUGGGAUGGUACCGGAGAGCUGCCGAUGCUACAAAGUGUAGAGAAGGCGGCGGAUAAAGAGAGACAGCGCGAGAGCGAAGUGCUUGCUAGAAUAGAUAACGGAAAUGAGAGCGAGGACGUGAGUGAGUAGGCGCAUGUCGCAUCUUCGUCGUGCUUCUCCCAUUUGAUAUGCCGAGCCUACUAGAUAGCGGGCAGCAUCAUUGCACGUCCUUGAAUGCUCGGCGACGCACCUUGUCUACGCCUCCGUACCAGACAUAACCAUCUAUGUCCCUCUUUACGAAAGCGUGCUGGGCUAGGGAGGGAAGAUACGACAUCGCGCCCCAUACCUGGUAAUACACACGGCUUCCAACAGCUGCAGUGCGAGCGAUACGUAUACUCGAUAUCGUUGGCCACAUCCCUCUGGUAGAAGGCGUCUUGGCUCAGCCC